GUAUUUAUAACAUUAAGGGCUGAUUUUUCAAGAGCCAGAUAAAACGUCAAGUAGCUAACUGAUCAAUAACUUUAUCUGAUUCUUUAACGAACCAAUAAAGAGUUUCAAUUUUUCAAAGCAUAGUUACCAGUCAGUUUACUACCUGACCUUUUUUUGUGACUAGCUUCACACUACAUCUGUGUGAGCGAGACGCGCUUAUGAACAUUUACAGAUCUAAGAAAGAGACAAACAAUUUUCAACUUAAUGACAGCGGUUGUCACAUUUUAGAGGGAAUCAUAACAUAACCUUAAACUUUGACGACUCGUCUUCGUGUUAAUAUUUAUUUUCCGUUCGAAUUUAUUGUUUGCUUUUUGUGUGUUGUGUGUAAUCAUGGAAAAUAUCGUAAAACGUGAACGUUCCACGAAUUUUAACAAAAGCGAAAUAAGAUUAUUGACUGAAUUGGUGGCAAAACACCGUACUAUAAUUGAAAAUAAGCAGACAGACGCCGUAACCAAUAAAGAAAAGGAAGCAGCGUGGAUAAAAAUCAGUUCAUUAUUUAAUGCGGCUACGGGAUUUACAGCGAGGAGUACCAAGAGCCUGAAGCUUAAAUAUGAAGGCAUAAAAAAGGAAACCAAAAAAACAUUGGCCAAACAUCGGCAAGAGCUGUACAAAACUGGUGGCGGGCCCUCUUCAGCCCCAGAGGUUACAGAUAUACAGGAGAGGGUUAUCGCGAUAUGUUCGAAUAUCAAUGGGCUGGAUGCUCGAAAUGACAGCGACAAAAUUCCAGAACCUUUAGAACUGGAAGAGACUGCUAAAGUUGACCCGCUAUCGUUGCCACUGCAAUCAUUAGAAAAUAAUUUAGUAAUUGUACCAUGUGAUGACGAUAUUCCGUGUACUUUAGAUCAAGAAGAGUUUUGCCCAUAACAGGAUUUAAAGGAGAAAGUUAACAGUGAAAUUGGAAAUGGUAUUUUAAUUUAUUGAAAAAAAAGUACAUAGUAUAAUAGUGUAAUAAAAUAUAAUAGUAAAUUAAUUUGUUUUCAGACAAGGCCUUUGAUGACUUUCAAUCUAUAGAGAUACAGGAUAUGGAAGUGGAUCAAACUGAAAAAGGUAUGUCUUUAUCAAUUUUCCAGUUCAUUUAUUUACAUUGUAUAAAAUAACAUUAAUUAAAACUUAUCAUUAUUUUCAGAGAAUAAGUGGUCUUCAUGGAAGCCAAAGGCUUUAAAACUAAGAUUAGUCCAUACUUGAAAAGUAAUCAAAAAAUUACUAAAGUUGGAGUGACUGCAAAACUGGACCAUUUAACUGAAUCUCGCUUAGAGCUAGUGAAGCUCCAGAAGGAAAUUGCCAUAAAAGAGCAUGAGUUUGUCAAACAGGCACACUUAUUAAAAAUGCAGAACCUGCAUAAUGAUGAAAGAAGGAAGCAGGAAAUGCAUGAAGUACUAUUAAGUAAGCUCCGUACUGGUGUAAAUUAUGGAACAAGUCCUUUAGAAAUAAUAAAUAAAGAUUUAUAAAAUGUU